AUGGAUCGAUGUUGUUUGGGUAGUGUGGUGGAGGUGGAUGAAAAUGGUGUGGAGUGGGAUGCGGAGGGAUGCUUCCCUAACCCGUGCACUCCCAUUCCGUUUCGCCAUUCGUCUCCCUAUAACCCCAAAAACUGCCCGAACCCUCCUCCCAUACCUGCUCUCGCUUUUCUCCCCAUGCUCUCUGACCUUGCCCCCUGUGCUGCCUGCCCCAUGUGCUGCCUGCCCCAUGUGUCACCUGCGUGUUGCUCCCACCAGGUGCCUCAAGCGCUCAAACUGAAGCCCACCAAGUGGACGCUCACGAGUCUGGGCAGAGACCCCAAGGCGGGCACAGCCCACUGCAUAUUACCUCAUGUUCCUACUGUAACACCCCCUCUCUCUUCCCAUCCUCCCCCCUCUUCCGCUCACCCCCUUUCCCGAACGGCAGUGGACGCUCACGAGUCUGGGCAGGGACCCCAAGGCGGAUCUAGACGCCUUCAAAAAGAGGGUGCGCGCUGCCAGGGGCAGGGGGGCGGCCGGGGGAAGGCUGGGGGGAAGGGCGGGGGGAAGGACGGGGGAAGGGAUAGGACGAAGGAGGAGGGGAGGGAUUGGGGACGGAUGUCGGAGAUGGCAGAGCGCAACCUCAAGCUCGCCACAGCCGCUCUCACACGAUCCGAAGCCCUCUUUGCAGAGCGGAAUAAGGAGAUGGAGGAGAUACAGGAGAGGAUGGGCGCCAAGGAGAGGGAAAUUGCAGCACUCAAUGACACUGUAGACGGGCUUAGAAGCGACAUUGCUGGGUUACAGUCAGAUCUAGCCGCCGCUACUGCCGAUGCCGCAGCUGCAAAAACCGCCACGCAACGAGCGCGAGCAGAGACGGAGCGAGUGAGGGGGGUGCUUGCAGGAGUCACGGAGGAAAAGGAAGGGGUGGAGAGGGAUUUAAAGGCCACGCAGGAAGAGGGGAUGAGGCUGAGGGAGAAAACUCUAGGGCUUGAGAAGGAAAGAAAAGAAUUGGAGGGGGAGUUGGGGAGAGUGGGGAGGUUGAUGGAGAAAAGGAUGAAAGAGGGGGCGGAGAGGGAGGAGAAGUUGACGGGGGAGAGGGAGGCGUGGAAGGGGAAGGCGGAAGGGUUGGAGGUGGAGAGGAAGCGUUUGGAAGGGGAACUGAGGGGGGCUGUAAGGGAGCGGGAGGUGCUGAGGCGAGGGGUGGAAGGGGCGUUGGGGAUUUCUCGGAGGGUAGAGGUGGAGGGUGAAGGGGGAGGUGAAGGAGGGAGGGGGAGUGGGGAUCAGGGGGUUGGAGGGAUGAAGGUGGAGGGUGUAGUAGGGGUGUUGGAGAAGAGAGUGGGGGUUUUGGUGGUGGAGAUUGAGAGAGGGAGGGGGGAGAGGAGGAGAGAGAUGGAGGAAGGGAUGGAGAGGGAGGAGACGCUGAAGAGUCUGCUGCAGGAGGCGAGAAUGAACUGGGAAAGGCUGGAGGGGGAUUUGAAGAGUGAGAAGCAGGAGAGGCAGAGGGAGAGGGAGGAAGGGGAGAUGAGGGAAGAGGGAUUGAAGGGAGAAUUGCAAUUUGAGAAACAGGAGAGGCAGAGGGAGAGGGAGGAAGGCGAGAGGAGGGAAGAGGGAUUGAAGGGAGAAUUGCAGACCGAGAAGCAACAGAGGCAGAGGGAGAGGGAGGAAGGGGAGAUGAGGGAAAAGGGAUUGAAGGGAGAAUUGCAAUUUGAGAAACAGGAGAGGCAGAGGGAGAGGGAGGAAGGGGAGAUGAGGGAAGAGGGAUUGAAGGGAGAAUUGCAGACAGAGAAGCAAGAGAGGCAGAGGGAGAGGGAGGAAGGGGAGAUUAGGGAAAAGGGAUUGAAGGGAGAAUUGCAAUUUGAGAAACAGGAGAGGCAGAGGGAGAGGGAGGAAGGGGAGAUGAGGGAAAAGGGAUUGAAGGGAGAAUUGCAAUUUGAGAAACAGGAGAGGCAGAGGGAGAGGGAAGAAGGCGAGAUGAGGGAAGAGGGAUUGAAGGGAGAAUUGCAAUUUGAGAAACAGGAGAGGCAGAGGGAGACGGAGGAAGGCGAGAUGAGGGAAGAGGGAUUGAAGGGAGAAUUGCAGACAGAGAAGCAAGAGAGGCAGAGGGAGAGGGAGGAAGGGGAGAUGAGGGAAAAGGGAUUGAAGGGAGAAUUGCAAUUUGAGAAACAGGAGAGGCAGAAGGAGAGGGAGGAAGGGGAGAUGAGGGAAAAGGGAUUGAAGGGAGAAUUGCAAUUCGAGAAACAGGAGAGGCAGAGGGAGAGGGAGGAAGGCGAGAGGAGGGGAGAGGGAUUGAAGGGAGAACUGCAAAUUGAGAAACAGGAGAGGCAGAGGGAGAGGGAGGAAGGGGAGAUGAGGGAAAGGGGAUUGAAGGGAGAAUUGCAAUUUGAGAAACAGGAGAGGCAGAGGGAGAGAGAGGAAGGCGAGAGGAGGGGAGAGGGAUUGAAGGGAGAAUUGCAAUUUGAGAAACAGGAGAGGCAGAGGGAGAGGGAAGAAGGCGAGAUGAGGGAAGAGGGAUUGAACGGAGAAUUGCAAUUUGAGAAACAGGAGAGGCAGAGGGAGACGGAGGAAGGCGAGAGGAGGGAAGAGGGAUUGAAGAGAGAAUUGCAAUUUGAGAAACAGGAGAGGCAGAGGGAGAGGGAGGAAGGCGAGAUGAGGGAAGAGGGAUUGAAGGGAGAAUUGCAAUUUGAGAAACAGGAGAGGCAGAGGGAGAGAGAGGAAGGCGAGAUGAGGGAAGAGGGAUUGAAGGGAGAAUUGCAAUUUGAGAAACAGGAGAGGCAGAGGGAGAGGGAGGAAGGCGAGAGGAGGGAAGAGGGAUUGAAGGGAGAAUUGCAAUUUGAGAAACAGGAGAGGCAGAGGGAGAGAGAGGAAGGCGAGAUGAGGGAAGAGGGAUUGAAGGGAGAAUUGCAAUUUGAGAAACAGGAGAGGCAGAGGGAGAGGGAGGAAGGCGAGAGGAGGGAAGAGGGAUUGAAGGGAGAAUUGCAAUUUGAGAAACAGGAGAGGCAGAGUGAGAGGGAGGAAGGCGAGAGGAGGGAAGAGGGAUUGAAGGGAGAAUUGCAGACCGAGAAGCAGGAGAGGCAGAGGGAGAGAGAGGAAGGCGAGAGGAGGGAAGAGGGAUUGAAAGAGCAGCUUGAGUUCGAGAGGAGUGCGAGGAACAGGGAGAGGAAGGAUGGCGAGGAGGGGGAGGGGAGGCUGAGAGGAGAGCUGAGGGAAGCAAGAGAGGAUGUUGAGAGGCUUGAGGAAGAACUGAAGUGGGAGAGGGAAGGGCGAGCAAGGGAGGGGAGGGAGGGCGCAGCAAGGGAGGAGGUGUUGCACGGUCAGGUGGAGGAAGCUAGGGGGCAUAAUUUGCAAGUUCAGGGGGAGUUGGAGAAGGAAAGAGAGGAAAGGCGGAGGGAAAGGGACGAGGGUGAAGGUAGAGAAGAAGUGCUAAGGCAGCAGCUACAGCAGUCUUUGGCUGAGGCGGAGGGGUUGGAUUUGGAGUUGAGGCAAGAGAGGGAGGAGAGGAGGAGAGAGAGGGAGGAGCGGAAGAAAGAGAGGGAAGAUGCAGAGGGGAGAGAAGGCGGUUUGAAGGAGGAGGUUGUGAAGCUUGUGGCUGCCCGAGAGUGGCUUGAGGAGGAGUUAGGGAGGGAGGAGGAGGAGCGGAGGAGGGAGAGGGAAGACGCGGAGGGAAGGGAGGAGGAGCUUAAGAAACUUCUGAGUGAUUUGGAGGAGAGAUGUGAGGAGCUGGAAGGGGUGUUAGCAAGCGAGAAGGAGGAGUGGGAGCAGGAGAGGAAGGAAGGGGUCCAGAGGGAGGAGGCAUGGGAGGAUGAGAUAAAGAGAGAGAUAGAGGAAGGGAGGAGGAGAGAAGAGGAGUUGAGGUUGGAGAGGGAGGAGAGGGCGAGGGAGAAGGCGGAGGCGGAAGCUAGAGAGGAGGGUAUGAGGGGAGAGCUGAGGAGGGAGGCAGAGGAGAGGGAGAGGGAGAAGUGUGAAGGGGCAGAGCGAGAGAGGAGGUUGCAAGAGGCAUUAGCUGCUGCACAGGAGGAGUGGCUUGUACAGGAGAGAGCAGUCGAGGCUGAGAGAGAAGAGUGGGCGAAAGAGAGGGCGAGGGAGAGCAGGGAGGGCGAGGGGAGGGAGACGAGGUUGAGGGAGGAAUUAGAGGCUGUUAGGGCCGACUGUGUUUCGCUGGGUGAAAGGCUCGAGGGUGAAAAGGUGGAGAGGGUGAGAGAGAGGGUGGAGGGCGGGGAGAGAGAAAUGAAGGUGAAGGGGGAGUUGGAAGCUGCAUUGGAAAGGGGAGUUCGGCUGGAAAAGAGGCUGGGAGAGGAGAAGGUGGAAAGGGAGAGAGAAAGAAAGGAGGGCGAUGAGAGAGAGAGGAGGUUGAGGGAGGAAGUGAGGACAGUUAGAGAGGAGGGGAGUAGACUUGUCGAAGAGCUUACAGUGGUGAAGGAAGAGAGGGAGAGGGAGAGGCGAGAGGGGGAAGAAAAGGAGGAGGGGUUGAAGGGGAGAUUGCAAGGUGAACUGGAGAAGACAGGGAGGUUAGUGAGGGAAUUGGGAGAGGAGAGGGAUGCGAGGAUGAGAGAGGGGAGAGAGGGGAAGGAGCGAGAGGUGGUGCUUGAGAGUAAGCUGAAGGGGGAACAGGCGGAGAGGGUGAGAGAGCGAGAAGAAAGUGAAAGGAGCGAGGAAGGUUUGAAGGGAGAGCUGAUGUUGGAGAAGCAGGAGAGGCAGAGGGAGAAGGAAGAAGGGGAGAGGAGGGAAGAGGGAUUGAAGGGAGAGUUGCAGUUGGAGAAACAGGAGAGGCAGAGGGAGAGGGAGGAGGGCGAGAGGAGAGAAGAGGGUUUGAAGAGAGAAUUGCAUUUGGAUAAGCAGGAGAGGAAGAGGGAAAGGUAUGAAUUCGAGAGGAGGGAAGAGGGUUUAAAGGGGGAGUUGAGAAAUGAGAGGGAGGAAGGGGAGAGGAAGAGGUUGGAGUGGGAGGAGAGGCAGCAAAUAUUGAAGGGAGAACUGAGGGAAGCUCACAGCAAUGGGGAACGUCUUGAGGGAGAGUUGAAGCGGGAGAGGGAGGAGAGAGCGAAGGAGGGGAGGGAGGCUGAGGAAAAGCUUCGUGGAUUUGUAAGGGAAGUGGAGCAGGAACGGGGGAUUAGGGCGGCUGAGAGGAAGGAGUAUGAAGGAAGGGUGGAGGAGGUGGAAGGGAAGGUUGUGGAACUGGAAGGAGUGGUGCUGCGGAUGGAAGGGGAGUUGAAGGUGGAAAGGGAGGGGAGGGCGAAGGAGAGGAGGGAGGGAGAGGAGAGAGAGGAGAGAGUGAGGCGGGAAUUGAGUGUGGAACGGGAGGAGAGGAGGAAGGAGAAGGAAGAAGGGGAGGUGAGAGAGAAGGCUUUGGAGAGAGAGUUGAAGGGAGUGAGGGAGGUGUGUGUGAGGAUGGAGGGGGAACUGGUGGAGGAGAGAGAGGUGAGGGAAAGGGAGAGGACGGAAGGGAGGACGAGAGAGGAGGGGUUGAGAGAGCAGAUGGAGAAAGAGAGGGGAGAGAGGGAGUGCGAGAGAAGCGAAGCGAGGAUGAGGGAGGAGGGGUUGAGGAAGAGGGUGAGGGAGGGAGAGGAAAGGAUUGAAGUGCUUCGGAGAGAGAUGGAGAGAGAGGAGGAGGAGAGGAAGAGGGAGAGGAAGGAGGAGGUGGAGAGGGAAGAGGUGCUAAGAGGCAGGGUAGGCGAGAUGGAAGGGAGGUGCAGGGGGUUGGAGGAGGAGGUGAGGGAGGAGAGGGCGAAGGGGGAGAGAGAGAUGCGUGAGUGGGAGGAGAUGGAGAGGAGGGCAUGUGAGGAGGUAAGGUGUGAGCGUGAGGCGAGGGAGAGAGAGAGUGCGGAGGCAGAGAGGAGGUUGGAGGAGAUGACAGAGGAGCUGAAUGGGAGGGAUGAGACUGUGAGGAGGCUGGAAGGGGAGGUGAAGUUGGAGAGGGAAGAGAGGGGGAGGGAGAGGGAGGAGGGUGUGGAACGGGAAAGGAAGUUGAGAAGCGAAGUGCAAGGUGCAGUAGAGAGGUGCUGUGAGUUGGAGGGGUUGUUGAGAAUGGAGAAAGAGGAGAGAGAUCAGGAGAGGAGAGAAGGGAAGAAGAGGGAGGAGGGGAUGAGGAAGGAGGUGGAGAGAGAGAAGGGGGAGAGGAGGCGAGAGGUGAGCGAGGGGGAGGAGAGGGAGGGGGCUUUGCGGGAAGAGUUGCGGGAAGCGAAGGAGUUGAGUAAUCGGCUGCAAAAGGAGAUAGAGACGGAAGGGGAGGAGAGGGAGAGGGAGAGGAGGGAGGGUGAAGCGAGGGUGGAGAAAAUGGAAAGAGAGCUUUCUAUGGCGCAGUCGGAGUGUGCAAGGCUGCAGGGCGAGGUGGAUGGCGUGAGGGAGGCGAGGGAGAGGGAGAGGAGAGAGGCGGAGGAGAGGGAGGAGAGGCUGGUUGGAGAGAUACGGGCAGCACAGGAAGAGGUGGGGAGGGUGGAGAGGGAGAAGGAGAGAGAGAGGGAAGAGAGGGAGGUGGAAGGGGAGGCGGAGAGGGAGGAGAGGGAGAAGGAAAGGAUGGAGUGGGAGGGGCGGAUACAGACCCUGGAGGAGGAGUUGAGAGAGGUGCAAGGAGAUUGUAUGCGGUUGGAAGGGGAGGUGGAGAGGGACAGGGGGGAGAGGGAGAGGAUGCGUUGUGAGAGUGAGGAGAAUGAGAAGAUGAUACGGGAGGAACUGGUUGGAGAGAGGGAGGGGAGGGAAGAGGAGAAGAGGAGGGGAGAGGAGAGGGAGGAGGGAGUGAGGAGAGAAUUGGAACAGUGGAAGGAGGCUUGCGAGGAGCUGGAGGUGAGACUGACGGAAGAGAAGGAGGCGAGGGAGAAGCAGAGGGGGGAGAUGGAGAAGGAGAGGAGGGAGAGAGAGAAAAGGCGAGAGGAAUUGGAGGGAGAGUUGAGGGAGGCGAGAGAGAGGGUGGGUGUGCUUGAGAGGGAAGUGAGGAUGGAAAGGGAGAUGAGAGAGAGAGAAGGGAAGGGGAAGGAGGAGAGAGAGGAGAUGCUGAUGGAAGAUGUGAGGAGAGAGAGGGAGGAGAGGGCCAAGGAGAUGGAGGAGAGGGUAAAGGAAAGGGAAGAGCGGGCAAAGGAGAGAGAGGAGUGGAGGAGGAGAGAGCGUGAUCUUGAGGGUGAGUUGAAGAAGGUGCGGGAAGAAACGGAGAAGGCGGGGAGGGGAGUGGAAGAAAGGGAAGAGAGGCUGAAAGAGGAAUUGAGGUUGGAGAGAGAAGAGAGAGAGAAGGAGAGGAGGGAGGUGAAGGAGAUAGAAGAGAGGCUGAAUGCUGGGCUGGUGGAAGCAAGGGAGAGAGGUGAGAAGCUCGAGAGUGAGUUGAAGGUGGAAAAGGAGGAGAGGGAGAGGGAGAGGGCGGCAGGGGAGGAAAGGGAGAGGAAGUUGCGGGAGGAGGUGGAGAGGGAACGUGAAGAGGAACGGGAAGCACGUGUGAGGGAGGAGAGAGUGAGGGAGGAGAGGGAGGCAGGACUGAAGGAGCGAAUCCGUGUGGCAGGGGAAGGGGUUGCGAGGAUGGAAGAAGAGGUGAGGAAGGCGAGGGAGGAAAUGGAGAGCGAGAAGAGAAAGGCAGAGGAGGAAAGAGAGGAGAGGGAGAGAGAAAAGAGACAGGCAGAGGAGGUGAGACAGGAAUGGGACAAAGAGAAGAAACAGGCAAAGGAGGAGAGAGAGGAGGUGGAGAAGAGGCGCGAGGAGAAGGAAACGGAACUUGAACGGGAAGUGGAAAGGCUGAGAGUGCUGGUGCUGCUGGGAGAGGAAGAGGAGGCGAGGAGAGGGAGGGAUAGAGAGGGGGAGGUGGAUGCUGUUAGACGGACCGAGAUGGUGAAGGAGGAGGAGUGGAGGGAGGAGGUGGGAAGGAUGGAGGAGAGGGAGAAGGAAAGGCAGGCGGAGAGGGGAGAAUAUGAGAUGAAGAUGAGGCAGUGGGAAGUAGAGAGGGAGAGAGAGAGGGUUGCGGAGGAGGAGAGGGAAAGGGAGAGGCAGGUAUUUGAGAGGAAGGAAGGUGAGUGGGAGAGGGAGAGGGAGGAGGAGAGAAAGAGGGAGGAGGAAAGAGAGAAGGAAAGAGCUGAAGAGAAAGAAAGGCGGAAGCAGAGGGAGGAAGAGAGGCAAGAGGAGAUGAGGAAGGAAGAAGAGAGGCAGAGGGAAGUGGAAGCAAUGGCAUUGAGUGAAGCAGAGUGGGAGGCGGAGAGGGAAGAGGAAAGGCAGAGGGAAGAGGAGAUGAGGAAGGAAAAGGAGGUGUUGGAAAAGAAAGAGAGGAUGUGGGAGAAAGUGAUGACUAGGAUGAGGGAACGAGAGGACGAGAGGAAACGGCAGGAAGCUGAGUUUGGGGAGAAGGAGAAGCAGUGGGAGCUGGAAAGGGAAGAAGAAUGGAGGCGAGAAGAGGAGAGAGAGAAGGAAAGGAGCGCUUUCAGGGAGAAGGAAUUGCAGUGGGAUUCGGAGAGGGAAGAGGAGCGACGGCGGGAAGAGGAAAGGGAGAGGGAGAGGGAAGAGGAGAGGGAGAAGCAAGAGCAAAGGGAGGCAGAUAGGGAAAAGGAGAAGAGUAGAGCAAAGGAGAGGCAGAGGGAAAGAGAGGCUUAUGAGGAGAAAGAGAGGGAGUGGGAGGCGGAGAGGGGGAGUGAGGAGAAGAGGGACGAGGAGAGGAAGAGGAGGAGUGAGGAGAAGAAGACGUGUGGAGAAGAGGGUGAGGAGGGAGAGGAGGGAGAUGGAGGAGGGGACGGUGGGGAUGGAGGGGACGGAGAGUGGGGCAUAGAACAGGAUAUGGAGAGAGAGAGAGAGGAAUGGCGGCAGCUGUGGCGGAAGAAUGGACAGAAGGGCCAGGGCGAGGAGGGGAGAGGGGAAGGGAGUGAGGAGGAUGAGGAUACGUGGAGCGACGAGGAGGAAGGGGGAGAUGGGGAGAGGAAGGCAUGGGCAGGAAAGGUCGGAGGGAAGGGAGAAGGGGAGGAGAAGAGCGGAAGUACGGAGGGGGAGAGGGAGCGGGUGUGUGCGGGAGCGAAUGGGGAAGCAGCAGUGGUGGAGGCUGGUGAGGGAGAGGAGGGGGUGUUGAGACUGCUGGCUAUGCAGUGGAGUGAGGUGGGGGGUGUGUGGGAGAGGUUGAGUGCGUGGGUGCGAUCAGAGGAGGCACAGAGAGCGUGGAGGAUGGUGAGCGAACUGAUGGAUAGAGGAAGGUGGGAGGAGAUUCUGAAGCAGCUGGAGAGAGGCGGUGUUGUUGGUGCUGCUGGCUGUAUGGGUGGUCUGGGUGGUGCGAGAAUGCAGCUGCCUGCGGCAAGUAGGGCAACGAGCAAGGCCGAAAUGGAAGAGGCACGGGCGCACAGGGAUGGGUGGGAGGAGUGGGACUGGCGGCGAGAGCUAGAACGCACAGAAGAGAAACUGAUAGAUGUGCAUGGGGCGCUGCUAGAAGCACGGGAGGAGCUGGGUGUGCUGAGGUCUGCUCGGGAUAACACUGUGCGAGCGGUGGUGGCGGAAAUGGAGGAGAUACGGAGGUGUUUGAGAGUGGUGGAGAGGGAUCGGCAGAGGGCGGCGGGCGCGGUGGGGGCGGUGAGGGAGGCUGUGGUGAAGGUGACGAUCGAGAGGGAGGCGUUUCGAGUGGCUCUGGAGCACUCCAACAGCGAGUGCCGCAAGCUGGUGGCUGCCAUGCGUAACAACGACAAGUCCAAGAUACUGCAGUCUCUGCAGGCGGACCUUGCUUCGUCUCAGACGACCAUCCGCGCCCUGGAGUCCACUAUAGAGGUGCUGCAGCAGCAGAGGAGCAUGCCCGGCAGAGGGUGCAAGGACAGUACUUGUGACUGCGGCAGUGGCGAAAGGAGGGACCAUGGAUUGCUCAAGGAGCAUCACCCUUGCCCCUACAAAGAGCAGGUGCAGCACCUUCAAUCAGUGCUGGCGCAGACGCGAGAGCUGCUGGACAGCCGUAGCAACGAGGUGAUGCGGUUGAGAGCGGUGCUGGAGGCAGCAGAAAAAGCAGCGAGAGCAGAGAGGGGUGUACAAGGGGGAAAAGACGGUAUGCAGGGCACGAAGGGUGUGCAGGGCACGAAGGGUGUGCAGGGCACAAAGGGUGGGGGGGACAUGAGAAGUCCUGUUUUUGCUCCUGUUUCUGCCCGUGCAAGUGCCAAGAGUGCUGCUGUCAGCGCUGCUGCUAUUGCACCUAGGUCCCUGGCGCCACCCUCAGCUGCUGCUGCUGCCAACGCCUCUUCGGCUUCUACUGCUCACUCUGCUCCUGCCUCUUCAGCUGCGUCCGUGCCUGGAAGCAGUGGCAAGACAAGGCGAGUGAGUAAGGCAGCAGCAGCAGGAGUGGAGGAGAAGGGAGGGACUGUAGGCGCAGCGGAGGGGGGGAGAAAGGCGGUGCAUGGGAAGAUGGGGAAAAAGGAAGGUGCGGGAGUGGGGAAAGGGAAGGUGAAAGGGGAAGGGAAAGGUGCGGGGAAGAGAGGUGGGAGGAGUGUCAGUAGCGUCGCUGCUGUGAGUGAGAGUGAGAGAGGGGUUGGGGCUCAGGAGGGGGUUUUAGUGGAACGAGUAGAGAGUUUGGAUUAUGCGAUUUUGGAGAAAGAAAUAGAGGCCAUUUUGGGAAACGGCAUCGACAUAAUUUCGUCAGCUCCUGAUGAUGCCAGUUCUGAUGCCAGUGCUGAUGCCGACGCUGCUGCAGUUGGUGCUGAUUUUGCAGCUGCUGGCAUGAGCUUUGCGGAUGCGAGCACGCUGACUGGGGAGGAGACGAUGGUGUCUCGAAUAUCCCAAGCGCGUGUUGCUGUUGCUGAAGGGUCGUCAGCAAAUGGUGCUGCUUCCACAAUGGGAUCGGCUCGUGGUGCUGCUGCCAGCAGUGCAAACAGACAAGCCAGGAGACAGAACAGCACAGGCACGGGUGGCAGGAGCCUUCAGCACGCAGACCCUCCUCCUCCCACCAGCAUUUACACACUCCCCCCUUGUCGUCGUCCUGCCGCACUCAACCGCUCUGAAUCGCACGACUUCACAUUUCACCCUGCUGCAGUGUGGCCAGCACUGGUCGAGGAGGAGGUGCAGCAGCAACUUCCAUCCCCUUGUAGCCUGAUUCUUGAGCGCCAGUAUCAAUCGGGUACAGCUGGUCCUGUGAGGGGAGCACAAGCCAGCAACAAUACAAGCAGCAAAAAUUGCCACAGCAGCAACAAGAGCGGCAACAACAGUGUGUUUCAUCACCUGAGCAAUAGCCACGUGGAGGAGCGGGUGUUUCCUGCUCGCACAGGUACUGGUAGUAAUAGCUCGGUUGCACUGCAAGGCAGGCCGCACACACCACUGCGCCGUGGUCACAGUGCGGUUGGGAUGGGUGGAGAGGAUUUUGGGGACGGUUCAGGUGACUAUGCCAGUCACAUGGUGCCGUGGUGA